AUGUCAAUGUUCCACUUCAUCAAUUCUUCCCUCCUCAUCAUCAGUCACCGGCCGCUGAACGCCUCGCUGGCGGAGGAGACCGUGUAUGCCACCUGUGCCCACAUGCCCGCUGUCAUACUUUUCUACCUGGUACUGCAGUUCAUCAACAUGUCCCUCGGGAUCCCGGCGAACAUCAUAGUUCUGUGGCUCAUUCACAAGAAUAAAGGCGACUCGUCCACGUCCGACAUCUUCAUCGUGCAACUGGCCGUACUGGACACGUUCUUCUGCCUCAUUCCUCCUCUGGAACUCGCCAACAUCGUCUUUCUGACCACCGACAGCACCUGGUACGUGCUGCGCUUCAUCUACGGGGUCAAAGACUCGUCGCCGCUGUUCCUGUCAUGCAUCUGUCUGGACCGGUACAUGGCCGUCCUGCACCCGAUCACAUUCACAAAGCUCAAAGACAAACGGCAUCGCUCGGUUUGCGCCGGUGUCGUGUGGCUUGUUACUUUGGUUUACGCCACAGCAAAGUGUGUUGGAAACAUUCCGAACUUUGAGAAAGCGUUCACCGGCAUGAUUCUGGCCGCGUUUGCCUUCAUGGUGUUCUGUAAUAUCUCCAUUCUGUGGGCACUCCGGCAGUCUGCUCCGGGACGCGAUGAAAGACACCCUGUGAAGAAAAAGGCCUUUAAGAUGGUCAUCAUCAUCCUGGCCAUCAUCGUCUUGAACUACUUCCCACCGGUGGCUCUCUUUCCGUUCCAGGACUAUUUCUCUCCGGAUGUGUUCCGCUGUUAUAUUCACUAUAUCGCCUUUGGCUUCAUGGACGUGAGCAGCAGCAUCCAGCCAGUUCUGUAUCUGUCCCGGGAACAGCUGCCCAAAGUGCCGGUGUGCUGCUGAUGCAGAACAUUCUACAAAGACAUGAUCAAUUAUAAAGGUGUCAUUAUUCUUGGCAUUUGAGGUAGCCGAUUAGAUGAACUGAACUACUGAAUCUAUACGAAAAUGUCGUUUUGUGUAGGCUACCCUAAAAAAAAAAAAUGAAAAAAAAAAAAAUGAUAUUUUUAAGAAGUGAGUGAUCUUUUACAAAAUUGAAUUAACCAAACUUAGAUUUAUUCAAGUUGUAUUCAUUUAAUUUGGUUAAAAUUUCCGCAAUUCAAUUUAGAUUGAUUUUUUUUUUAAACUGAAUUGUGUAAAUCUUAAAAAUGGCCUAAAAUAUUGAGUGUUCGUUCAAGAUCAGCAUCUUGUUAAUUCAGAAGAAAAAUAUCUGCAGCUGUUUUACACUUAUUUGAGAUGUUGCUUUAAUGCUUUUAAAUGUAAAAAUCAAUGUGUAAUUGUGUACAGCUCUCUCUCAUCAAAAACAUGUCACAUUUCACUCCUAAAUUAAAGAAUAAUGUUUUUUUUUCAUAAUGAAAAUUAAGCCUG